AUGGCAGAUGGUGCUGGAUCGAGUCAGGAGAAAGAGGACGACAAGGAUCAAUUCGGCGCCGCUGAACCCGCCAGGAAAAAUAAUGCACGAAAGAAAACUCGACCCACAUAUUCCUGUUUGCAAUGCCAUAAACGCAAAGUCAAGUGCGAUAGAGUAAAGCCAUGUGGCGCCUGCUGUCUGCGGGGAACGCCUUCCGAGUGUGAAUAUGGCAACAGCAAGCAGGACCGCCAGUUUAUUGAGCAGUCUACUGUCAUUGAGAAUCUGUUGCAAUCCUGCGAAACCCUGAAGCAAGAACUCGAGGAGACCCGGAGGCAAGCCAAGCUCCCUCCCGUUAAGCAGGAGGACGAAACACCAUUCCCUCAUAAUGUAGACUCGUUUGAUGCUGGAAGUUCCGGUAAACUCGGUCAACGGAGAGCGCUGGUUCAUUCUGGCACCCAGACAGAUUCGCAGAGCCAUUCCUUGCCGUCAAGCCCGGCCACAAUAUUGAGAAAAGCAAGCUCGCCACAAGAUUUGCAGAAGGAGAAGAAGAAUCUAUCAGAUCCGACACUGGCCCGCGCACUGAUUGAAUUAUUUGUUGAACGAUUGAUCAGAGAAUUCAGUCCCGCAAAUGCAUCCAACUUCGGCGGUACAAUUCGGUUACGCCAGGCAGCUGACAUGCGAGUCUUUUCCCCCAUGCUUUGCAACGCCUUCGAGGCAGCCUCUUUAACGUUCGCCGGGAGUCGUCAGCAGAACCGGUCUCUGGAGAUGGUAGGACAUGCCCGGUAUAUCAGGGUGUUGCGACAACUUCAGAGUGCGCUCUAUCAUCCCGAGAAAAGCCAAGCAACCGACGCUUUAACCGUAGUGCUCUUGUCGACGAUCAUCGAGGCUUUCAAACAAAGUUCCAAGGACUCCAUUUUGAAACAUCAGCUGGGAGGUCUCCAGCUCUUGCAAUCACGCACGCCUUACCGGCACAGAUAUGGGCUUGAGCGGUCGCUUUUUGUCGACCUCCGACUCUACUGGGUCACAGCCGCUAUAGCUUUACGAAAACCGACCUUUCUGGCUUCGCGGGAAUGGCUGACUGUCCCAUGGCUGGGGGACAGUGCUCCGAAGGACAUCCUGCAUCGAGUGCUGGACAUUGCUGUCGAUAUCCCUGCAUAUCUCUCGGAAGUGGAUACCUUUACGUCCAUGUUGAAGAAUGCCACUGCAUCAACUGAGCUAAUCGCAUUGCAAACUACGAUCUGGGACAAGGCUACCGAGAUCGAAGGGCGACUACAACUAUGGGAAACCACAUGUGUCCGACCUUACCCUGACGGGGGUCCAUGGGAAGCACUUGAGCCAAUACCCGUAGCGGACUUCCCUGUGUUCGAAUGCCGUGAUUUAAGCAGCCUUGAGAUUUUCACUCCGCGGGACCUGGUCUACCCGGAUCUUCUUCUCGCAACGUCCAUGUGCUAUUUUUGGGCCAUGCGUCUCAUGAUUUCGUCCACAGACGGAGGUCUACCUAGCAUCCUGACCAUGCAGGACCGCUACAAAUCGGCCUGCAACAUUUGCCGCAGCAUGAAAUAUUACGUCCAAAACAUCCCGGGCUCCCUCGUAUCUCGCAUGAUCUUUGUCCUGCAAACAGCCUACGGAAGCUUCGCAGACGGCACGAUCGAGAAACAAUUCGUCAGGGACCUUUUCCUCUAUAUAGGUAGAAGAUUUCAGUUCCCGGUUUUUUCGAAACAACCCACCUCGCAAGCUAAUGAUUGA